CGAGCUUAGAUUGUGGCUGCCUGCAUGCCUUACAGAGCGCACUUGAUAUCCGAAAGUCUCGCACUGAGCUCGCAACGGUCAGAAAGUGAAUUUCAACCACCGCUCAAUUCGCGACUGAACUUUUGGCUGGCCAGACGCAUCGCUCCUGAGAUUUUCCUACCAAGUGCUAACUUGCCGUGCAUUAAAUCUAGACAUUCCCGGAGUUAAGUCCUGUGUCCUUCUGCGGAAGGUAUUGGAACCUACCGGUGAGGAUUUCGCCGGGAAUUGAUUUUUGUACAUAUUUUGCGGACACAGAAAUUCGUGUGCGAUUGAAAGUAAAAAUUUUCAAUUGACAAUUUCAACAUUUAUAGGCCGAGACGAUCUGGUGAUUUUUUUUCUGUUGUGGUGAUUAAAUCAAAAAAUAAUGAAAUCGUGCUCAACCAUUUGUUUUUAUCCCUUCUUCGACAUAUAAAACAAAUUUUUACUACAAAUCUCUACCAUUUGGUGACAAGUCCACUGGAACGGAUUUUUCAUCACCAAAUUGGUGACCGACCUCUCGCUAGUUUUUCCCCUCCCGAACAGACAACUAUUCCGAUUCGCAAGACAGAGCUUUUAAGUUGGUGCUCUGUACAGUGUACAAUAUCAUCGACUAGUUUGUAGUUGAAAUCUUUCGCAAGGGUGCGAAAGAUGGAUUUUAUUUUAUCCGCUAAAAGAAUUGUAGAAUUACCAAUAAAAAAUUCAAAGUGUUGAGUGAUUUUCCCAACAUCCAUUAAUAAAUUUUCAUAGAUAAAAGAAAAUUGUGAUCAACAAGUGCUUCAUAAACUCUGAAUGCCUCGAUCAACUUCUGCAUAUGAUGGAUGUUGUAUGUGGUGAUAAAGUGAUACUGUGUUUAUCCUUCAUAUAGAGCAGUAAAAAUGGCAAAAUUGACUCAUUGGCGGGCAUAAAUUAACCUUCUCAUCUCAACCAUUCGGGCAAUAUUGGAUCUAAAAAUUAAGAAAUGGGAUUGCACAAACAGUACCUGAAAGUGGGUCGCAAUGCUCGUGAUCAGCUAUUUGGAAUCCCUCCGCGCGAUGGAAAGCCCUCAUCUGGGCCAACCCCACUCUCCAUGCUCAUUUCUCAGGGAGUUAAGUUAAAUAACAAUCGUGUGGCUGUGAUAAUAAUAGGAAUUAUAACACUUAUCAUUGGAAUAGUUCUCUCUUCAAUUCCAUGGUUAGAUUACUGUAUUCUUAGGAAUUUAAAACUUUGGAAUAACACAAUAAGUUUUCAAUACUGGCAGCGGCCUGGGGUCGUACGACUGACAAAAGUUUACAUCUUCAAUGUCACUAAUCCCGAGGGAUUUCUCAAUGGAGAGAAGCCCAAACUGGUUGAAGUGGGACCAUUCGUCUACAGGGAGGACAUGGAGAAGACGAAUAUCAAAUUCCAUGACAACUACACAGUCACAUUUCAACACAAGAAAAUACUUCAAUUUGUUCCUGAACUCAGUGUUGACAAGAAUCAAAGAAUAGUCACACCAAAUAUACCCCUAUUGACUCUCUCAACCCAAAGCAAUAGUUUAGGAUAUUUCCUGGCCAAAACCAUUUCAUUAAUGCUCACGGCGGCAAAGUACAAGCCCUUCAUUGAACUCACAGUUGACGAAUUGGUCUUUGGCUACGAUGACACCCUUGUGAGCUUAGCACACAAGUUUUAUCCUCGAAACAAGAGGCCAAUGUCUCGGAUGGGUCUACUGAUAGCACGAAAUGGAACACUACCCGAAAUACAAACGAUUUACACAGGACACACGGGAAUGGAUAAGUUUGGCUAUCUCAAUCGUAUCAAUGGACUGGAUCACUUACCAUUUUGGAAGGAUCCACCAUGUAGGAACAUCACAGCUUCAGAGGGAUCUCUUUUCCCACCACGCGAAAUUACCGGAUCUGACAUAGUUUAUGUUUAUGACAAGGACAUCUGCCGCACCCUCCCACUCAUCUACAGAGGGCCUGUGGGUAAAGAUGGAUUAGACGCUGAUCUUUACACCAUGCCAGAAGAUGUUUACGGUGACGCCAAGAGCAACAGCAACAACAGUUGUUUCGACACUGAAGAGUAUGCUGCAACUCGUGGUCUUCAGAAUAUCAGUCCGUGUCAAUAUGGUGCUCCUGUUUACAUUUCGCAUCCUCAUUUCAUGGAAGCCGAUCCAAUGCUGCUCGAUAGUGUCGAAGGACUCAGUCCCAAUAGGGCGUUGCAUGGCAGUUACUUCAAAAUUCAACCGAAAUUGGGAGUUCCACUGGAAGGAAAAAUUCGAGUGCAGCUCAAUUUGAAAGUAGAGAAAUCCCUUCACAUCCAGUCAGUAAAGCAAUUCCGAGACUUUGUCUUUCCGAUUAUGUGGCUUGAGGAGGGCAUUAGUGAAUUAACACCGCCAAUCAGAAGGUGGAUAUAUGUAGCGACAGUUUUUGGACCUACAGCCAUUCCGAUCCUCUCCUACAGCCUCAUUGUAGGCGGCACUUUUUCGAUGAUCUUCGUCUUUGUGCGCGCCUACAAAAACUUUGUAGCUGACCCUGCCGUGGAGAUUCUGGAAAUGGGACGAAGAUCUCUGCGACGUGGCAACAGCUUAAUUGCCCAGCAUCAGCAUCGUCUGAUGAAUCGUGACAGCUACACCCUUCUUAAAGUGGUCAAUGAUGCCGAUUCACCAGACUCCUCCCCAACGUGAUCACCAGCAACAAGAUCACGAUAACUUUAGUCAAGCGAAGAACUUCCUAGUUAACAAUCUUCGAUACUCUCCCCAGUGAAGUUGUACUGUGACAAGUCUCACCGCUCCUCGGUUAACUGAUUUUUUUUUUGAAGAUCUAAUGCACGAUCACGAAAUUGUCAGGCAUUCUAUAAAAACUUUAGAAUGCUCAAUCUCGGCAGAGUUGAAGAUGUUGGAUGUAAGAUAAAAUUUUCUUGCUCUUUGCAACAAACAAAAUUAUUCAAAAUCAAAUUUAAUUUGCCCGUAAGCUAGUCAAAAGUGUUGAUUUUUUUUAUAAAAGUGAUUUUAAUUGUUUAAAAAGAAAUUUUAUAGUAACAAAUUUGUUUUACUACUCGAUUAAUGAGACCAAUUUUUUUUUAAUUUUUGUUACUUCAAACAAGAAGAAAAGUUAGUGAAAAAUUUAUAAGAGAACUAGAAAUGAAAGGAAAGGUUUCUAGUACAUGAGAUGUACUAAAAAUUGUCAAUUUACGCAAUUGUAGAUAUUUUCUAGAUCCUGAUGAAAAGUUUUAAAGUUUAUAAACCAAGUGGAUAAAUUCCGAGAUGUACUAAAAAUGAAGAUAUUUAGUACUGAAAUUCAUGUAAGUUGUGAUAAAAAUUAAAGCAACUACUUUCAAAAUACGCAGAAAAUCAUGAAAUAUUUUUAAAAACAUAUACAAGAAUCUCAUUGCUAAAGUGGGAUUAUUGAAAGAUUAUUAUUGUCAUUGAUCCUAAUGACGUGUCAGCAAGAUAAUGUCCUUUGAUGUCGGCAAGUUCGCUUGCCAUUGACGUGGCCCGUUUUUGGGCAAGACAUAUUUCAUUUUAAGCCUCGACACGAAUGAUAAUUUAUCCUAAUCACGAGGAAUUUCUAAAUGGCAGAUUAUCUUGCAGUUCACUCUCCCUCUUGGUGAAGUACUAAAUAUUUAAGUACUAAAAUAUUAAAGUACUAAAAUGAAAUUUUAACAAUAUCCCAUCUAAUAUAAUUUACUUUAAAAAAUUUCGCAGAUUUUGUUCGCAACCUUUAAAAUUCUCACUAUUUAAAGUUAAAAGGAAAUCUCUAAAAAAUAAUGGAACUUUUGUACUAAAAAGAAUAACAGAAUCUUUUGUUUUUUGACAACUUCAAUAUACUUUCUGAAUAUCCUAAAAUGUUAAUUUUAAUUGAUUAAAUAACAUAAAAACAUCUGUCAAAAAUUUAGAAUUAUUCAAGGAAUAAUUCUUACAGGAUACUCCGCAACUUCUUAUAGAGGAUUUAAAAAAUUUCUACAAAUACAUACUUGUAUUUUUAUACAAAAUUGUAAUAUAUUAGAGUUGAAUCUAUUGGUGCUUCUAUUGUUAAAAAUAUAUGUGGUAAAUAAAAUAGGGCAAUGCUUUAAGACUUCGAACACGCUCUGGCUUCGAUCACUUCAUGUUUCUUUCCAUAUUCCUUUAAUGAAUCUUACCUCUAGCAAUAAAUUUUAAUAGCUAGUACUAAUUCACACAAUUCCUGUAAAAAGUAAUUCAGAUUCAUUAAAGAAAUAUGAGAAAAAUAUAAAGUGGUCAAGUGUUCAAGCCAGAGUUUGUGCGAAGCCUGCAAGUCUUCCCUUAUACCAAGAUAAUGUGAAUCAAAGUUAUGUUCUAAAAUUUUAUUAGUUCUAAUGUAAGUCUAAAAAUCAAUUUAAUUAUCUCAGCUUGUUGCUCAAGAAGACACUUGAAUUUUAUCUUUAUCUAUAGAAAUAUUAGGCUAUAGGGUUUUCAACUCUGUCAGUGUACUAAAUUAGGGAAUUAAAAAAAUAUAUAUUCAGUGUGCUAAUUUAGUACUCUGAUGUUAAGUUUACAACUGAAUAUAAUUCUCACACUAUAUUCAAACAUUUACGAAUAGUUUUGGGAUUAAAUUAUUUGUAAUUUUAAGCCCAGUGCUAGUUUUAUUAUAUUUUUUAUACGUGAAAAGAAAAUACGCUCAUUAGUCGUUAUCAUAAAUGAAAUAGUUUAUUUUAGUAUUAACUUAUUAUUAAAAACCUUUAGUUUUAAGUAUCUUUUUUGUACUCAUGGGUAAAGUGUUGCAUUGAAUUUUGCAGAAAAUAUUAGCUUUAAAAUAUACUUUUAAAAAAAUAUAUGAAAAAUUGUCUCUUUAAGUAAUUUGAUGACAGUCAUUAUGGAGAAAAAUGUAUAACAAAAGAAACGAAUGGAAAAUUUUAGAUAUCAAAUUAUGUAAUCAUAUUGAUAGAAAAUUAUUCUCUUCCGAUACUAAUCGAAAAGAAUAUAUUAGUAAAUUAAUAAAGAAAAAAACGAAAAAAUAUCACGUGAAAAUAUCAUUAUGCUGUGAUUGCGUGUCUUCUCAAAACUAUACAUUUAUUUUUACUGCAAUAGUGUUAGGAUGUAAAGUGUAAAUAUUAGGUAGAUACUCAAAAAAAAAUGCAAAUUUUGCUGAUAAAACUGCUGAUUCUUUUCUUAAUUUCUAUUAUCGAAUAAGGAGACUCACACAGAGCCCGAAUUACGAAAUAAUAAUUCCAAAUACUGUGCCAAUUCGAAUGCAAGAACUCAACAGUGUGUCUUUCUUUUAAACUGUUAUUUGUCAGUCAAAUGUUCCAAAAAAUAAAUGAAGAUAUUUAUAAA